GUGGGUGUUUCUUCUUCCUGGCCUCUGCUAGUCACCUCAAAUCAAUUGUUGAUAUCGUGAUAGCUUCAGGAUCCAGUCUCCUCACAAGCUUCUCUUGCCCAUCCUUCUAAGAGAAAGAACAAAUUCUGUACCCUACACCAAAGUAAAGGCCAGGUAACAUGGGAAAUUUCUUCAAACAGGCAGCCAAGUCUGAGGUAGAAUGAAGGGAUCAGAGUGGAAGGAAGCAGAGUCAGAUGGCCUGAUCACAAGGCUUGACCACAGCUGAGACCUUGACAAAGAGGAAGUACACUAAUUCUAGGAAGAAAAAGGGGGAAAGAGGUCUCUCUUCACCACUUCACACGUGCAAUCUGGGCAUGCCGGGUGGAACUGCUCCGAACACAGAGCUUGAACCAGCUAAGCAGCUCGAGAGCUCUCAAAGAGUACGAAACCUGGAGGAAGUUGUGGUGGGCAGAAGGUGAAAUCCGCUCAUCAGAAAUGCAGCAAGCAGGCUUUGGGCACUUUUGAAAAAUCUCCCUGACACACACAGUAAAAGACGAAGUCUGAAGAGGAACAAAAUGCUUUAUGCUUUCGGACCCAUGUCGUAAGAGCUUUGAGAAAUUAUCUUGAGGUUUGGAAGAUUCCCACUAGAGAAGGUCCUUAUUUGAAAGAAAAUCUGGCUACAGAAAGACGAACGAAAGGAACACGUACUAAGAGCUACUCAAAGCAAAGCUAAGAUGGAAAGACCAUUCCUUCAAAUAUGAGCCUCACCCAUGCAAAGAGAUUUUUUUUCUUACAGUAAUCUGAGGCCUGGGACUGACACGAUGGGCGUGGAGAGUGCCCUGCCUCCUCAGCAGCUCUGGCCCGUUUUAAUUGGGCUUUCUCUACUGUCUUUGGCAGAGCCAUACGGGUUCAGUAAAUGCACACAGUAUGCAUUAGACAUUCACCAUGUGUUGUGCAUUCGGAAGAAGAUCACUAACUUGACAGAUGCCAUUAGUGACAUCCCUGGAUAUACCACUCACCUCAAUCUGACACAGAACCAAAUUCAGGUCCUUCCUCCCCAUAGCUUCACUAAUUUGUCUGCUCUAGUGGACUUGAGACUGGAGUGGAAUUCCAUUUGGAAGAUUAGUGAGAGGGCCUUUUGGGGACUCCAAAACUUGACCCUUUUGAAUUUAGUAGAAAAUAAGAUUCAAAGUGUGAACAACUCAUUUGAGGGCCUUUCCAACUUGGAGACCUUGCUCCUGAACCACAAUAAAAUUUCCCAUAUUCACCACGAUGCCUUUGUCCCUCUUGUCAAAUUGAAACAUUUAAGCCUAUCUCGAAACUUGAUUACCAAUUUUUCCAAUGUACUUGAAGCAGUCCAGCAUCUUCCAUGCCUGAAGUAUCUUGAUCUCACUAUCAACAGUAUCAUCUCCUUGGAUCAAAGCCCCAGGACAUUGCUUUCCUUGACCCAUUUGAGCCUACAGGGGAACAAGCUAAUGAAGUUAAAUUUCUCUGCUUUGUCCCUGCCGAAUCUGACCACUCUGGAUGUCUCCCGGAAUAGCCAUCAAGUCAUUCAGCAUGUGUAUGUGCAAACUCUGCCCCAGUUGAGGAGUUUGAAUCUAAGUGCAACAAUAGUGAAGCUGGAAAUGCUUCCACCCGAACACCUGCAGAAUCUAAGGGAAGUGGACCUCAGCAACCGGGAGCUCAGAGGUGAUCACUUAAACUUGGAUGCAGUGUGCCGCCUGCUCAGAGACUUGCCCCUAUUAGAGGCUUUGACUUUUCAGAAAAUCUCCACUGAUGCAGAGGGCAUCAAGCAUCUUGCCAACUGCACCAGACUUUUGUCCCUUGACUUGAGCCAAAGCAGGGAUCUGGGUCGCCUCGAUGCCAAUGAGUUUGUGGCUAUGCCCAGCCUCCAAAAGCUGAAUCUUAAAAAGUGCCAACUUUCCUUUGUCAAUAACAUGACCUGGAGUUCCCUCCAGAAUUUGACAUCCCUAGACCUGAGCCAUAACAUGUUUAAAUGGCUUCCAGAUUUUGCAUUUUCUCCCUUGAAGAGCCUACAGACACUCUUUCUCUCUGGAAACCCCAUCACAGAAAUCAAUAAUAUGACUUUCAAGGGGCUGUAUUCAUUGAAGGAGCUCAACUUGGCUUAUUGUUGGAUAGUGACAAUUGAUAGACACUCCUUUACCCAGCUUCCAAACUUAGAGAGCCUAGAUCUUGGAGGCAACAAUAUUCGAACUCUAAAAUACAAAACCUUUGAAUCCCUGAAGAAGCUCCAAGUUCUGAUUCUCUCUCAGAACCGCCUGGAAACUAUAGAGGCAAGAGCGUUCUCUGGCCUUGCUUACCUUUCUAAUCUUGACCUGACAUACAACAGGUUGUCGGGUUUUCAUAAAGACCUCUUCUUGGGCCUGGAAAGGCUGGAAGUUUUGAAUCUCGGUUUUAAUAAAAUCACAUAUGAAACUACAAGGAACUUGACAUUUCCUCCAUUUAUGAACCUCAAGUCUUUGAAACAACUCAACCUGGAAGGACAAGCACAUGGACUUCAGGUUGUUCCAGUGAACUUCUUCCAAGGGCUGGCUGGCUUGCAGGAGCUACUCCUAGGGAAAAAUCCCAUGGUAUUCCUGGACCACCUGCAGUUUGAUCCCCUGAUAAACCUCACAAGGCUAGAUAUCUCUGGAACAAAAGCUGGAGACAGGAGUCUCUAUUUAAAUACUUCCAUAUUCAAAAAACUCAAGAAAUUAAAGAUACUGUGCCUUGAAAACAACAACUUAGAAUCGCUGACUCCUGGCAUGUUCUCUGGCUUAGAAAGCCUUCAGGUCUUUUCCUUAAGAUUCAAUAGGUUAAACAUCAUUAAUCAAAGCCAUCUGGAAAAUUUGAAGUCUUUGACGUACUUUGAUCUCUAUGGGAACAAACUUCAGUGCAACUGUGACAAUCUGUGGUUCAAGAACUGGUCAACAAACACAGCUCAUGUCCAUAUCCCCUACCUCCGGAGCUACCCCUGUCAGCAUCCAGAUUCUCAGAGUUUGUUGAUAGAUUUUGAUGAUGCUUUGUGUAAUUUUGACCUGGGAAAGGUCUACUUCUUCUGUUCCUUCAGUGUGGUCCUCACGACCAUGGUCUUCUCGUGGUUCAGUGCCAAGAUAACUUCAUCCCUGUGGUAUGGGCUGUACAUAUUUAGAGCCUGGUACGUAGCUAAAUGGCACAGGUCAGAGAAGGAGUUCAUCUAUGAUGCCUUUGUUUCUUUCUCUGCCACAGAUGAGCUGUGGGUGUACAAAGAGCUUGUUCCAGCCCUAGAAGAAGGUGGCCAGCCUACCUUUAAGCUCUGUCUCCAUCACCGGGACUUUGAACCAGGUGUGGACAUCUUUGAGAACAUCCAGAAUGCCAUCAACACCAGCCGGAAAACUUUGUGUGUGGUCAGUAACCACUACUUGCACAGUGAAUGGUGUCGGCUUGAAGUACAGCUGGCCAGCAUCAAGAUGUUCUACGAGCAUGAAGAUGUUAUUAUCUUGAUUUUCCUGGAAGAGAUCCCCAACUAUAAGUUGUCCAAUUACCACCGACUCCGGAAACUUGUGAACAGACAGACUUUUAUCACUUGGCCAGACAAUGUCCAUGAAAGGCCCCUCUUCUGGGCUCGCAUUAGAAAUGCAUUGGGCAACAAAACUGUGGAGCAAGACAAUGCACGACUAAUUGUGGCCGAGUGACUGGGAGCUUUGUAACCUCAGAUUCAGCUGUUUAAUGUUGCCCAAGAUCUGUAGAGGCUGAGUGUGACUUAAAGGUACCAGCUCUGCAGGUACAAGGGCGUAGAUUGCUCCUGAUCGCAAAACCCAGGACCAUUUGGGUUAUAUCCAUUAGGCAACUGAAGGAAUGAAGGGGGCUCCCUGAGGAAGCUUCAGCAACUGUUGGGGGAUCAGAUAUCUGGAAGGCAUGCAUUUUUAUUAAGAGGAGGGCUUGGGACAACCAGUCACCUGAAAUUCUGGGGACCAGGAGGACCCUCAUAUGUGCUUGAGAAUAUUGCUCAGCUAGUUAAUUCAAAGCAGUUCCUGCAGGUAUAGAUUGAAUGGUAUUUCUUCUAAGAACAUGUAAUGGGACUGGCACUGUGGUGUAGUGGGUAACCUGCAGUGCCGGCAUCCCAUAUGCGCACCGGUUCGAGUCCCGGCUGUUCCACUUCUGAUCUAGCUUUCUGUUAUGGUCUGGGAAGGCAGUGGAAGAUGGCCCAAGCACUCCUGGAUCCAGGCCCCUGGCUUCGGAUUGGCCCAGCUCUGGCCAUUGAAGCCAUUUGGAAAGUGAACCACUAGAUGUCUCUCUGUCUCUCUCUCUCCCUCUUUCUCUCUCUCAGUGUCUCCUUCUCUCUCUGUGUAACUCUUUCAGAUAAAUAAAUCUUAAAAAAAAUAGCAGAUGACUUCAUUUUGUUUAAAUUAAAUGAUAAUCUGAUUUUGAGGCCCUGUUUGCCUAUACUAGUGGAAAAUUUUAGAUUAGUCUUUCCUCAUUCUUACCUACUGGCCUCUAGUAUUCUUACAUAAAGAAAAAAAGUUGGGGCAGUUUCUCCAGUCUUUGGUCUACAUGGAUUAGCAUUUGUAUGCCCAUUGUCCAAGCUGAGGACACUGCUGCUUCUGGGAAACACUCAGCACUGGAUUUUUGCUAAAAUUGGGCACAGUCAUUUCUUCCUGAAGUGCUGCCACUUUCUUGGGAUAGGGUGGGUCUUGGGUAUCCAACACCGAAGGGACCUGCAAAUCUCUGUUCCUUUUGUGGUCUUGGGUAAUCUUCACCUCUUUAGCUGCUUCAGACAUUUCUCUCUCUCUCUCUCUCUCACACACACACACACACACACACACACACACACGCACCACUUCCUGCACACCUGGCGCGAUCUCAAUCAGCUAAGGAAUCGGGCAGAGAUUCUUAGCAGGCAUAGGAUCACAUUCCCUUUGGAUGGGGGAAGAUAUCCUUCUCAUUCUUCCUGAUUCUUUCACAACAGGGAAAACAAAACAUAAACUAAGACCUGAAUAACAUAACUAAUAUAACAUGGCUAGCCUAAAAAAGAGCAGGAUCACUGGUUAACCUUCUGAGCACUGGCAAUCUAGGACUCCUUGAAACUACAGCCUGUGAUGUGAGGGGUAUGACACCAUGAAAAGUGUGAUGGCUGUAGCCUAGCAGGAAAGCUCAUGUAGGUACGUGUCUAGUCCUUCUUGGCAGGAAAGGUGAAGCAGUAAUUACUAGAACUGGUUUGGUUUUGGGAGUGGUGAGACAGUCAUGCUGGAGCAAAGACUAAAUUUUCUACACAUGGUCUAGGAAACGUGUAUUCCUUUGUGUACUCAGGACUGGCUACAUCAAUUGCAGGCCCAGUGUAAAAUGCAUAUGUAGGGCUGCCUUUUCUGGAAUUACUCAGAAUUUUGAGACAGAUAUGCCAGGGCAUUAAAGCAAGCACAGGGCUCUGCUGAGGGUGGGGCCCUGUGUGCAGGCACUGAUCACGCAUUGGUGAAUCUGGUCCCAUGUGUGACUAUCAACCAGAGGAAUAGCAGCUUUGCCUCUCACAAUUUAGUUCUCCAAGCAGGAAACCAGUGGCGAUCUUCCUGUAGGAUUUUCCCAAAGAAAAUAUCAAUGAAUCCAGUAAAGGGAUAAUUAUUUCCUUGAAUGAAUUCUAGCCUCUGACGUCAUCUGAGAAAAGAACUGGAAUUAUGAUUGGAAUUUAAACAAAAAAUGACUGCCACCAUCUUAGAUAAAUGUUGUCACACUUGUUGGUUUAGUCUUGGAAAGGAUCAGGGCUGUAUUUCAAGGCAUACCCAUUCCUCAAGGGUUUGCUUUAUGUCAUCAUAUGUAUAAAUGUUCAUUACCUGGGAGUUUCAUGGAUUAAAUUACUAGUACUCCCCCAUAUUUUUAGCAAAGUCCUUGGGUUCUAUUUAUGUUUAAAAUUGUUUGGAAGUGAUUUUAUGUAGUUAAUUUCUCUAUCAACCAAUAUGAAAUAAUAAAAAUGUUAAAUUGUAACAGAAAAAAGUUCACAUGAGAAAAAGAAUUUUUCCUGCCAGCAAAGGUAGAAAUACAUUGAAUUUAAAUUGUUGAGGCUGGCGCUGUGGCUCACUUGGUUAAAUUUCUGCCUGCGGCGCCAGCAUCCCAUAUGGGCACCGGGGUCUAGUCCCAGUUGCUCCUCUUCCAGUCCAGCUCUCUGCUGUGGCCCAGGAAGGCAGUGGAGGAUGGCCCAAGUGCUUGGGUCCCUGCACCUGCAUGGGAGACUGGGAGGAAGCACCUGGCUCCUGGCUUCAGAUCGGCGCAGCCGUGGCGGCCAUUUGGGGGGUGAGCCAA